UGCGAAGAUCCGAGAAAAUUGUGGACGGCGUGUAUAUUUGGCGGGGUGCCGCUGAUACCUGCUCGUCUGAUGAUCAACCGAGGAAGUGAAAAUCUGGGAGCCAGAGCCGAAGAUUACCCGCGAGGAAGGCGCGAGGGAGAAUGAGCUAUCUACUGCCGAAUCUGACGAAGAAGAAGCAGGUGGACUCCAUCAUCAGAGAUACAAUCGACAAGGUCCUCGUCCUCCGCUUCGGUCGCGCUUCCGAUGCCCUUUGCCUCCAGCUCGACGACAUUCUGUCUAAAUCUGCGCGCGAGGUCUCCAAAUUCGCAACCGUCGCCGUUGUGGACAUCGAUUCUGAAGAUGUCCAGGUCUACGUCAAGUACUUCGACAUCACAUUGGUUCCUUCCUCGGUUUUCUUCUUCAACGCUCACCACAUGAAGAUGGAUUCUGGGACUGCUGAUCACACCAAAUGGGUUGGUGCAUUUCAUACAAAACAAGACUUCAUUGAUGUCGUUGAGGAAUCGGGUUGGAUGGGCACAUUCGUAGGGAAGCCUGGAAGGUAGCUUCAAACUCAAGAAGCAUAGGCUGUAUUCAGAGGAGCCAUGAAAGGCAAGCUGAUAGUGAGCUGCCCCUUGCCUCCUGAGCGAAUACCCAAGUAUCAGCUGCUGUACAAGGAAAUAUAGGGUUGGCCUCAUUCAGAUUCAUGCAAUACCGGGCUUGUUUUGGAACCUCGUUAUAUAGAUGAUAAUAAUUUGGGUUCUUAGGGGGGGAUAGAAGAUGUGAAAAAUAAAUUUCGUUCCCUCAUGUACCAGAUUCCGUUGUUCAUAAAGCCUUUACAAGUCUCGAACCGACUGCUACAUCUCAACAUGUUUCUGUAUAGGGCGAAACAUGGGCUUGGCCUUCGAUGUGAAUGAAUAUAUUGUUCUCUGUUUCAUGACGGCUCUCAUUGGAUUAUCUAUUCGAUAGGGAUGCAAAUCAGUC